UGCUAAAAAGAGGUAGGGUUUCCGAUUCCUUCCGCGCGGUUCAGUGCCCACCCCCGCGUGCAGCUUAGGCGAACCCCCUCCGCCUCCGCUCCUCCCACCGCGCUCUCUGUCUAUCUGCGACCGCGCUUCGCCCGCCGCCGCCACCAUGGGGAGGGGAAAGUUCAAGGGAAAGCCCACCGGCCGCCGCAACUUCUCCACCCCCGAGGAGAUCGCUAGUGGUACUUCAGGUCGCCCACGCACCUUUAAGAAGAAGGAGGAGGAGGAAGAGGAGGAAGAGGAAGAAAGAGAAGAAUCUGAGGAGGAAGAAUCUGAAGACGAGUCUGAUGACAAGCCUAAACAUAAAGGUACUGAAGGUAUUAUUCAGAUUGAAAAUCCAAACUUGGUGAAAGCAAGAAAUAUAAAGGCCAAGGAAGUUGAUCUUGGAAAGACAACUGAACUCUCAAGGCGCGAAAGAGAGGAGCUUGAGAAACAAAAAGCUCAUGAACGUUAUAUGAAGCUUCAGGAGCAAGGAAAGACAGAACAAGCACGGAAGGAUUUAGAACGUCUUGCUUUAAUAAGACAGCAAAGGGCAGAUGCUGCAAAGAAACGCGAAGAGGAGAAAGCUGCCAAGGAGCAGAGGAAGUCCGAAGCGCGGAAGUAACUGCAAUAAUUAUGGACCACGAAGGCAUGAGCUGCGUUGAUUGGAUAUUUAUUUCCAAUGCAUCUGUUAUCUUUUAAACUCGAUCUCUAUUCCCAUAAAAUAUGUAUUUACAGCAGUAACGUAGUCUUGUGGUCGUGGCAUGCUGUAAACUUGAGCUUGGCAAAAUUGAAAUGUAGUAAGAUCAGCUUGUGUGAAAUUUGCCCUU